CUUUCAUAUCUAGUAGAUAGCCUGAUAGAUACAUAGCUCUGGCUUGCUGUGAUACCAGUAUGUAGCUUUCCACGUGUUUCCGUUAUUAGGAUCCUACCGGUAGCGAGCGAGACUGUGUUAUCUUCAUCGUGGUCGUGUAACAGAUUUUCCUGUUGCCAUUUUUGCUGAAGAAUACGGACGCCUUGGCUUACGCUUGCGGUCUCAAAGCUUCACAGCUCUGCUGGCGUUUGAACGAAAGAUCAGAACGAAGAACAAAGUCUGCAAGAAAGCUCUGAGCGUCCCCACAAGGUAGAAGAAUCGGUAUCCAAGCACAGCUUUCGUUCCUUCCAUGCAUUCUAAUAGAUAAAUAGACAGAUUGGUAGAUGCUUGUCUAGCUAGUUCCAAAGCAGCACCAUGGCGACAACGUUUUUAACCCCGACACAACGACAAGAAGCACGUCAAGCAGAACGAGCGGCGGGCCACUACCAAGAUUUUUGCGAGUUUGCCACCGUAUGGCUCGUACAAGGCGGCGCCGUGCACAAGAACAUGGUGUUUUCCUACUUUCGAGAACACUUUCCAGAGUACCGCUAUACGGACAAUAUCACGGACGAUGAAAUUGGAUGUGCGCUGGAGAAAUGGAACAACGAGUUUGGCAAGGCGGAAGCCAAUGAAUUGGGUAUGUAUCUCGGAAUUGGCAUGAAUAUGGAACACAAGAAGAAACUUCAAGAAGAGGAAGAGAAGAAAAUGCUGGAAAAGAAAAAAGUAUAUAUCUUAUCCCACUUGGCGGAAGCCAAACAGAGAGGCAGGAGGCCCGAUGCCGCCAUCCUACGAGAAGCCAUUCACUUGGGAUUGAUCAAGGUGAAUGAACCUAAAAAAGUGGAACCACCAAAACAAGAAGAAAAACAAGCGGCAAAGGCUCCCAAAGCCAACAACAGUAAAGAGGGGGGCGAACAGAAGGAAUCUACCAAAGGAAAAGUAGCCGCAGAUGACGAAUUUUUUGACUGGGAUCUCUACCAUGGAGAUUUCGACUGGGAGCAGCAUAUGAUGGAUGCCUCGGACAAAUCCGCCAACAAAGACACAAAGCAUAGGUCCAGGUCCAAAAGUCCCAAAAAAGGCAGUAGCAGUAAAGACGACAAACGAAGCAAGGACCGGUCCAAAAGUCCACGCAACAAAGAUCGAAAAAAGGACAGAUCCAAAAGUCCCGCGACAUGGUCCAGAACAAAAAGUCCUACGAAAGAUAGCAGCGGAAGAAAAGACGACAAGAAAGAACGGGAAAGAUCCAAAAGUCCCACAAGGAGUAAUAAGGAAAGUUCCUCCAAAAAAGAAGAUAAGAAGGAGAGCAAAAAGGAACGGGAACGAUCCAAGAGCCCCCGAAGAAAAUAGACAAGCCAAUGAUGUUGUUGUUUAUGUCAUCAUGGUUUCCUUUCGCACACCCAUUGUGUGCUGGCUGAGGUAAGACAAAAAUGCCAGUCGCCCGCGUGUGCGGUGGGUUUCCUAUCCCGAGUUAGUUAUCGAGCUUGCAGGCAUUCUUGAAGAACUUGCAAGAAUUCGGUUAACUUACUGUACAGUACUCCACAAGGGGUAGCAAUAGAAUGUCAGUCGCUCUACUUCUCGAUCUUAGUACUGUAGUAGAAGUCAUCUCUGUAUGUCUUGAUCCCAGC